AUGGGCGCUCUGACAAGACACAUUCAAGGAGAGGUACCGUGGUGCAUGUUGUUUGCAGAUGACAUUGUGCUUAUUGACGAGUCGCGGAGCGGUGUUAACAUGAGACUGGAGGUUUGGCGACAGACUUUGGAGUCGAAGGGUUUCAAGUUGAGCAGGACUAAGAUAGAGUACUUAGAGUGCAAGUUCAGUGAUGGGACUCAAGUAGAGGACGAGAACAUGCAGCUGGGUACUCAGAUCAUCCUGAAGAAAGAAAGUUUGGGAUCGAUCAUCCAAGGGACUGGCGAGAUUGACGACGAUGUCACACAUCGUAUUGGAGCGGGAUGGAUGAAAUGGAAGCUCUCAUCGGGACUGUUGUGCGAUAAGAAGGUGCCGCCUAUUCUAAAGGAAAAGUUCUACAAAGCGAUGGUUAGACUGGCUAUGUAG